GAUAACGGUUUACCAGUUACCAUUUUUCUUGUUAACCUCUGUUUAUAUGCAUUCCAUUUCAAUGCAAAAUUAACCUUUUUCCUACAUGGGCAACGUCAUUGAUUCCUUUGCUUCUGGAUUCGGAGAAGCCGUUGGAAAAUUAUUCAAUUCUCCACUUGAAUUUCUCUCUGGUAAAUCUUGUAGCUCAGUGUGUGGACCAACAUGGGAUUUCUUUUGCUAUAUUGAAAAUUUUUGUGUUGCUAAUCUAUUGAAGCUGGGUGUGGUAUUUGUUCUAUUGUACAUUGUUUUAUUGUUCUUCUAUGUGCUGCAUAAAUUAGGCGUAUUUAGAUGUUUAUGUUAUUCUGCUUGCAAAAUUACAUGGGCAUGUUGCUCUACUUGUUUCCACAUUUGGGAGUAUUCAUGUACUUUCUUAUGUGCUAAACUGCAUAAUGUCAAGAGGAAGAGAAGAAGAAGAAGGGUUAGAAUGGGAAUGAAUCAGAAAGUUUACUCUACAAGUGAAGAAGAUUACGUUGACGAAAGCCUUUCGUAUGAUUUUCCGACAUCGGAAAUAAGUAGGUCGGUUUCGCGUCGAAGGCGAGACUAUAAAGGCUCCCAUUUAAGAAAGUCUUUGAAGCCGAAAAGGGGUCAUGCUCAAGUUGAAAUUAGUAGAGAUCUUAGUUAUAAUAAGAAUAGAAGGAAUCAUAGUAGUAGAGAUCAUAAUUACACAAGCAAUGCAGAUAUUAAGCACACAGGUCAUGAGAUUAAGGUAACACAAACAUCAAAGUUUGCUAGAAAAGGUAUGAGUAAUAGGAAAAAAGUUGUUAGAAGACAAAGGAAAUAGAAUAUUUCAAAAGGGUAUAUAUGUUAUUAAUGUGCUUGUGUUAAAACACUUUUAGUGUUUCCAUCUUAUUCUUUAAUCUUGACAUGAGUUGUGAAGAAGUGGUUUUCUGUUACUAUAUAUGUUUUUUCUGUCUUAAAAAUUUGACAAUUAUCUGCAUUUGAGUAGUCAUUUCCAUAUGGCAGCACAGAGCGGCGGGCCUGCCUUAAUAGUGGGAUAGCGGAAUAGCAUAUAGCAGGAUGACUGCUCUAUGUGAUCAUUUUUUUUUGGACAAAUUACAUAUAAUAAUUAUAAACAUAUAUUUAAUGUAAAAUUGAACAAAUAACCCGGCUCAUAAAAUAUUCAUAAAUCAAAGCACACUUGAAUCUUGAAAUGCAUAAACGACUAUGAAGAAAGGUUAAGGUUGAGUCUCAACUCAAAUUUGAUUGAAAAUCUAAAAUUACCCUUAAAACAUUAUAAAUUUAAGGAGUAAUUUUAGUUUUUUAGAGGGGAAAAGGAUAGCGGGCCAGGAACGGCUCUGCUCCAGGAAUCGCUUUCCUCUGCUAUCCCGCUAUUUAUCCUAUAGCAGCUGCUAUAGUGUUAUGCACCGCUAAAACCCUUGUUAUAGCGGGAUAGCGCAACUAUUGCCUGCUAUUGACUACUCUAAUCUGCAUAGUAAUAAUGUAAUGCAAAAAUGAAGGUUCUGUUUUGCAGUAAGGUAUAUUGUUACUUAUGGAGAAUGUUUUGCUAUGUUGCUUUGCACAAAAGGUUAACUUAUGCAAAAAGAAAGUUCAUAGUUUAUGACCAUUAUAUUGUAAUGCUAAGAUAGGACAUUGGAAUAGACAAGAAUCUGGAAUAUAAUGAAUCCAUGAUUAAAGGAUUUCCAUUA